AUGACCGCUUCAGCAUUGCGUGAGAAGGCUUGUUUGAUAUGCAUUGAUGGUUGGGGUAUCUGUCAGGAUGAAAGCUCGCCAGGGGAUGCCAUUCGUCUUGCAAACACGCCGAUAAUGUCGGGUUUUGAGCAGAAGUAUCCGUACACGCAACUCGCGGCGCACGGACUGGCGGUUGGAUUGCCAGAAGGCCUUAUGGGAAAUUCUGAAGUCGGUCACUUGAAUAUUGGGGCAGGGAGAGUUGUCUAUCAGGAUAUCGUAAGAAUUGAUCUGGCUGUUAAGCAGAAGAGAUUUGGCGAGAUUGAGAACAUCGUGAAGUCAUUAGAUCAUGCCAAGAACGGAACAGGAAGAAUUCAUUUCUUGGGAUUGGAAAAGACUGCUAAGGCUCAUGGUGUUCCAAACGCCUAUAUACAUUUCUUUGGCGAUGGACGUGAUACCGAUCCGAGGUCAUCUGACAAAUAUUUAACUCAACUUCAGAAAAAUAUAGAGGAGUUAGGCUAUGGGCAAAUUGCUACAAUAGUCGGACGGUACUACGCCAUGGAUAGGGAUAAGCGAUGGGAAAGACUUAAACUUGCUGUUGAUGCCUUGGUGCAAGGUAUUGGGGAAAAAACUGAUGAUCCGCUUAAGACAAUCCAUGAAAGAUUUGCUGAAGGCGAAACCGAUGAAUUUUUGAAACCUAUCAUCGUAGCUGAGGAAGGGCGGAUUCGCUCUGGCGAUACCUUGUUCUUCUUUAAUUUCCGCGCCGAUAGGAUGCGUCAGAUAGUCCAGACACUGGGUAUUUCGGCUCCUGCAGACAUCCAAGUGCCUGACAACCUUCAUAUUAUCAGCAUGACUAAGUACAAGACAGAGUUUCCGUUUCCUGUAGCUUUCCCAUCGCAGAGCAUGACCAAUGUUUUGGCAGAGUGGCUUUCUAAGCAUAAAAUACCACAGUGUCAUGUGGCUGAAACUGAGAAAUAUGCGCACGUAACCUUUUUCUUCAACGGCGGCGUUGAAAAACAAUUUGAACUUGAGCACCGAGACCUUAUUCCAUCUCCAAAAGUUGCAACUUAUGAUCUGAUGCCGGAAAUGUCUGCUAAUGGAGUGGCUGAGAAAGUUGCUGAGGAGUUAGACAGCGGAAAGUACCCAUUUGUAAUGUGCAAUUUUGCAAAUCCGGAUAUGGUUGGACAUACGGGCGUUUUGCCAGCCGCUAUUAAUGCCGUGGAGGCUACGGACAACGGCAUUCAAGUUAUAUACGAGGCAUGCAAGAGGAAUGGAUAUAUAUUAUUUAUCACUGCUGAUCAUGGUAACGCUGAGCAGAUGAUUGGAGAGUCUGGUAACCCACAUACUGCUCAUACGUGUAAUCCAGUUCCUUUUGUUUUAACAUCCCGAAAGUACUCUUUUAACGAGGAGGCUAAAGGAGCUUUGUGUGAUGUCGCUCCUACAAUUCUUGACGUUAUGGGCUUGGAAAUUCCUGAGGAAAUGACUGGAACCUCUCUUAUUAAACAUUGA